CAUUAAGCAGUUUUCAUUUCACUUCCAACUUAAGAAAAUUCGGAUAGCAACAUGAGCCACCACGGUAGUUACUCAUCUUGUGGAUCUUCUAUGGGAGCCCACCAAUCUAGAGGGCAUUGCUCUUCAAGUCAUGGGUCAUCAGCUCAGCAUGGAAGCUCCUAUAAGCUCCAACAUAACAGUUCGUCUGGUUCUAAUCAUGGUGGUUACUACAAAUCAUCCAGCCACUUAGGAGGAAGUGCAAAACUAUCAAGCCAUUCAUUUGCUGGUCUAGCACAUGGAGGUGGAAGUGGUCAUGGUCACUACAAGAGUUCUAGCAGCCACGCUCAUAACCUACUUCAUAUUAAUGAGAAAGAUACAAUGAGGGCUCUAAAUGAGCGUCUUGCCUCCUAUCUAGACAAGGUCCAUUCACUGGAGCAGGAAAAUGCUGAGCUGGAAAGGAAGAUAUGCGAAUGGUAUGCAAACAAUGCCCCAAGCUCACUCCCUGACUCCAGUGAGUACUUCAGGACUAUUCAGGAGCUACAGAACCAGGUUGCUUCAGCCGCCACAUGCAAUGCAAGUUUAGUCCUGCAGAUAGAUAAUGCUCAACAAGCAUCAAAUGACUUCAAAAGCAAGUAUGAGAUGGAGAUGAAUUUGAGGAACAAUGUGGAGGCAGACAUUGGCGCUUUGAGUAGAGUACUAGGCCAACUUAACAAUGACGUGCAAAGUUUUGCAGGGGAAGUGCAAUGUCUCCAGCAGGAAAUUAACCAGUUAAGGAACAACCAUUCACAGGAAGUAGAUGGGCUGCGUUCUCAGCUUGGAACCAGAGUCAAUGUUGAAAUGAAUGCUGCUCCAUCCGCCGAUCUGAACAGAGCUUUAUCUGAGGUCAGAGAGGAAUACGAAAACCUGAUGGAGAGGAAUCUCAGGGAAGCCGAGAGUAUCUUCUUGGCAAGGAGCGCAGAACUGGACCGUGAGGUGUCUUCAGGAGCUGCGCAACUUCAGUCAGUUAAUAAUGAGAUUAUUGAUUCAAGACGCGCUGUACAGACCCUGGAGAUUGAACUACAAAGUCAGCUAAGUAUGAAUUCAGCUCUAGAGGGCACCUUAUCAGAGACUGAGGCAACGUUCGGCUCCCAACUUUCCCAGUUACAAUGCCUGAUUGAUAACAUUGAGUCUCAACUAGCACAGGUCCGAUCUGACCUAGAACAACAGAAUCGCGCAUACCAAGUUCUCAUGGACCAGAAGACUCAUCUAGAGAUGGAAAUCAACACCUACAGACAUCUGCUGGAUGGACACAACAUUGAUGUUGGAGAUCAUAAUGCUUCAGGAGAAUCCCAUCAUAAGCAUUGUUAGAGACAUAAUCUGAGCUUCAGACAGAAGAUGAAAUAUGAAGCCAGUGAUGGAUAUCCACAACAAU